CUCUCCUGUACUGAGGACUCCACAUCUGGAUGCAGUACUCCAGAAUGACUUCCUUUUGUGUGAUGAAACUUUUAUGCCAAACAACCAGAAGUGAGACUGGAUAUGCAAAACGAUUCUGUGGUACUCUCCUGUCACGGACAACACAAAAGGGAGUUUUCCCUCCAUUCUGGAUGGUGGUACCUGACCCUAGAAAGACAAAUGUGCUUGUUUUUGCUCAGCCAUUUUGUACAGCUGAAAAAUCUCACAAAGAUCCUAAAAGGAAAGCAGCAUUUGGAAGCGUUGGGCGAAGAAUUCCGUAUCGGAUUUUGCACGUAAUCAACCAGGAUGGAGAGAGCUUAGGAGAUAUGCACCGAGCAGAGGCACUCAGACUGAUGGAUGAACAUAACCUGAAACUGGUUCUGCUUCGUGAGAACGCAGAACCUCCUGUGUACAGACUGAUGACUGGGCAACAGAUUCAUGAGGAGAAGCUGAAACGUGCAGAGAAAGAAAAAGCAAGUCCAAAAACAGUGCUGGUUCAGAAGGAGUUAUCCUUCUCUUCAGCUAUUGCCAAGAAUGACUUGGAGACCAAGACUAAACAGAUAACACACUGGAUUGAAAAGAAAUACCAUGUGAAAGUGACUAUCCGACAGGGAAGAGACAGCAAUACAGACACGUUCACGCUUUUUGAUCAGAUUUUGGAGGCUAUAUCUGACAAAGCCACUUAUCUUUCCAAGCCUAAAGCCAUUAAGGAAGGAACGAGUAUGUGCAUUCUGAGACACAUGUCUGACAAAGAGUUGAAAGCAUACCAGAAGAUGGAAAAACAGAAAAACAGUAUGGUAAAGAAAGAUGAAAAUGAAGAGCCAAAGUCAAGUGAGCUGCAUUAAUGACUUUAUGAGGAGGUACAAACAAUGCUAUUACAAAAAGGACUAUAAAAUAAAGGUUUUUUGCUGGA